AAAGUUGUACAAAAUCAGGGGAAAUGCUAAACUUAGUUAGCCUCUCUUGCUAGCAGGAACAAUACUGAGCAGACUGUAAAAAGGUAAAUCAGAAAAAUAAAUAAAUGAAUAAAAGGUAAAUCAGUAGACGGACGGAAGCAGCAGGAGGCAGUGAGGCUAAAUGAGGGAAGCUGAAGUUAUAGACGAAGAAGAAAAUACCAACAGGAAGGAAACAUCACGUGGUUGCACAGAGCUGGUCGGUGAAGUUUUGACAGAGAACAAACUGUGUUACGGACCUUAAAUCUCAGAACAAACUGUUCUGUUAACUUUAUUUUAACAGCUGAAUCAUCUGCUGCUGUCCUGCGCACAUCAGAGUGAGCAGACAGUUUUUAACGGAGUGUUUCUGGAGGGAAAGUUCGUGUGAGUCAGUGAAAAUGUCUAAAGUCCAAACGCUGAGAGUUGUUGUGAAGCAGCGACUAACUGCGGCUGCUGAAGAGAUAUUUGAGCUGUUUGAAAGAACGAUAGCAGAGUACGAGGAGGAACUGUGUCGACACCGGAAACUACUGGACGCUGUUACCGAGCCUCAGGUCCAGUUACACAGAACAGACGUCCAGCAGCUCUUGGAGAGUGAAGAAGAGGAUCCUCCUGAGCAGCAGGAGUGGAGCUCCAGUCUGGACCAGCAGGACCCACCAGAGCUGCCACACAUUAAAGAGGAACAGGAGGAACUCUGGACCCGUCAGGAGGGAGAGCAGCUUCCAGGGCUGGAGGAGGCUGAUAUCAAGUUCACCUUUACUCCUGUCCCUGUGAAGAGUAACGAUGAUGAUGAGGAGGAACCUCAGUCCUCACAGCUUCAUCAGAGACAAACUGUCUUUGAGUUCAGAGAUGCAAAACCUUGGACAACAGAAGCUGAUGGAGACUGUGGAGAACCAGAACCCACCAGGAACUUCAAUCCAGAUACUCAUUUACAACCGGUUACUCACGAUGAGAAGUCACACUCGUCUGAGCUUGAGACUGAUGACAGUAAUGUUUGGGAGGAAACCAGAGAGCCUCAGACAUCUUUCAACCCUCUGCAAAACAAUGAAGUACCUGGAAGUGAUGUGGAGAGUUAUACUAGAAAAACAUCGAUUAACUUCUCUGAAUUAGCCCCAAGCUUUGAACACAAGGGACGUCAGCAGAAACACACUGACGUACAAUCAGGAGUGAAACCAUUUAAUUGCUCAGUUUGUGGUAAAGUAUACCACUGUAAGAGUUCUUUAAACUCUCAUAUGAGACUUCAUUCAAAAGAAAAACAUUUCAGCUGCUCGGUUUGUAAAAAAACGUUUCCAUGGAGGACAGCAGUUGUGUCGCACAUGAGAAUGCACACAGGGGAGAAACCCUUCAGUUGUUCUUUCUGUGCCGCAAGAUUUGCCCGGAGCUCACAUCUGACCAUACACUUAAGAGUUCACACGGGAGAAAAACCUUUCAACUGCUCAGUGUGUAAGAUGAGUUUCCGCGACAGCAGCACUUUGUCCAGACACAGGAGAGUUCACACGGGGGAGAAACCGUUUAGUUGUUCAGUUUGUGGUAAAAGAUUCACACAAGAUGGAACUCUGAAACGACACCGAACUGUCCACAUGGGGGAAGACGGCAUUUCAUAGCCGCUUUUGUUAUUGAAGACUCACUCUGCUCACUCGCUUAUAAAAAAAACACACACACACACAAGUGUGUUGUGAGAGCAGCAGAAAUAAAUGAAUCUGCAGAGACGUUUUAUGAGCCACAUUUUACCAGCAGGAUUAAAACAAUGAGGGACAGAAUUGACUCAACACUGAUCAGUUUACAGCUGUAAUACAGACUCCAAAAGAAGGGGAUCAGCUGAUAUUCACCUCGUCUGCUGCUGUUUGUCUUUACUUAAAUAAGAACACUGAUUGAUGCAACAGGCUGAUAUUUAUCUGUUGUCUCACAUACAUUUUGUGUUGGUACAUCCCUGAGCUGCUGGCUCGUCACAUCCAUACCAUCAGCUUAGAACACUGUGUAAAUUCAUAUAUGUAUCAUGAGUGGGUCUUUAUCAGAUUUAAUGAAUUAUCACAGAGAAUCCUUACAAAGUGUCUGCUAAUGAUACAUACACAAGUUUCCUGUCUUUAGUUAAUUGGAAGCAGUUUUUGUUGUGCUUCAGUCAACAGUACAAAUAAUGUUGUAGACAGUGAAAGCUGGUAUGAUCCAUUUAAAACACAUGAAGAACAGGAAAUCAUUUAGAAAUACCUCAGUUCAGGCUCAAACUGUUCACUGUAACAAAUACAGAUUUUGUUCAGACAAGUUUCUCAUCUAUGAACAGACUGCUUACUGAGAGACUUGAUGACGGAGUUGAAGGAUGAGGAUCAGAAUGUUCAUCUGUAGUUUCUUUUUUUUUUAAGUUCAGUAAUUUCCUAAAACAACUGCUCACUGUAGCUUUAAUGCACAUUAUACUACACAGUGAUCUUAUCUUUAAAGUGGUGAUCUUGAAGAUUUCUUGAACUAGCAGCUGUAUUUUUGGACCGCACUGCUUCCCAGAGAUCCAGUUUCACCUCUGUGGCGUCUGUCAGUCGGCAGCUUUGCCUCCAUGUCAUCGGCAGCAGUUAUCUGCGUUUGUUGGGCUGUGACCGUUAACAGUGAAGUUAAACAUUUACUCCCAACACAAGAAGAGACAGAGCAAAUAAAACUGUUAUGUUCUGUACCAACCACCUCCUCUCCCUGGUCGACCAGCCACUGCUGGGUGAAAGCGUCACUAACUGUGCGCCGCUUGUGACAUUUUCCAUGGAAAGUCACCACUGACACCCAGAGUACAUCUUUCAUCAGUGGGCUCAGGCAUUUGGUGAUAGUGACUUAACAGAUAUUUUUUCACAUGAAAAUCCUCCAGAUUAUUUAAACUCUAUUAACUUGAGUAUGAGAAACUUGAUUUACUGUUGGGAUCUCUCCUUUACAACCAGUGUGAUGAAGUUUUCCCUGAUGUCCCCUGGAUGGCAGCAGAGUCCCACUGAGCCUCAUUCAGAAAAAUGAAUUCAACUUUUCCUAUAAAUGUGCCAAAAUGAGAUCAUUGGUGAAAUAAAAAUGCCAACAAGACUUUAACAGUGUCAAAUCUGCCAUCAUUAAUCUGUAAGAAGAAGAAAAUGCUGUGACAUAUUUGCAGAUUGAACAUGGAUUUUGUUAUUUUUCUCUGCUCUGUAGCUGGUUUGAAUUCAUGCCUAAGUAAUUUAAAGUUUUGUUGGAGAGUAGAACAUUUUGAAACAUCUGUUCCUGAUCCGCUGUGUUCUCCAGCUGCUACAUCACAGUUGACUUUUGAAAUCCCUGCAGGAAGUGUACAGUCUGCCACCAGCCACUCAAAAUAUUGUAAAGAUUUACUGCUGGUUUAAAUCACUGUAUUCAUGUUCAUUUGAGUUACUGGAUUUAUACUUAAAUUGUUUCAGAGUUUUGGUCACUGUUGUUAUUAUAGUUUGUAAAGUAACUUGUAACUGUUGUCUGAAGUGCUGAAUAAAUGAAAUGUACACCAGCA